ACAACCUUCCCGGCAUACACUGCGGCUCGCGAAUCUCCAAAUACAACAGCGCGUGACAAGUUGUCAACUUCAUAAUUGAGAGCGCCGUCAAACUUUAUAACAUAAGGAAGAUGUAUUGGCUCCCUAAUCUAACAGCGUAGUGAGGAUGACGAGGGGAAAGUGGCAGGACCGAGUGAAGGCGGUGGAGCAGAGGGCUCUAUCCUACCAAUCCGCCCCCAUCAGCUGCCCGUAUAAAGCUCGUCUGUCCCGGCCGUGGCAGCCGUCCUCUAUAUGGAGGCUGUUCCCUCGCCAGAGCGACGCCAUCACCUUCAGCCAGCACUGCAGACAGGACGUGCACGUGUUUGCUUUGGAGAAAGAGAGCACAGAGGCAGGACACAGGAUUUAUUUAGUGACCAGCUACAGUGAGCUCUGGCACUACUACAGUUCGCACAGACAGUCGCUGAUGCACUGUUAUGAGGUGAUUCCAGAGGGCGCUGUCUGCAAGCUCUACUUCGACCUGGAGUUCGAUGUAGCCUCUAACACACACCUGGAUGGCACAAGGAUGGUGGCGUCAUUGAUUCAGUAUGUGUGUGUGAAGUUGGAGGAGGUGUACGGCCUGCAGUGCUCGACAAAAGAUGUGCUGAAUCUGGACUCCAGCACAGCCGAGAAGUUCAGCCGCCAUCUCAUCUUCCUGCUCCCCGACUGUGCGUUCAAGGACAACAGGCAUGUUGGCAAUUUCAUCCAUCACAUACUCAAACCAGCGCUGAAAUACCUCCAUAAAAGCUCUGAGAACCCUCCGGAAGACGUCGACGAUGACAGCGAGGGUCCUCAGUCGAAGAGAACAAAGCGUGACGAGGAAGACCUGGACUUUUUGAUGGUGAAGAGGAAGGAUGGACAAAAGCAGCUCUUUGUGGAUCUCGGCGUGUACACCAAAAACCGAAACUUCCGCCUGUACAAGUCUUCCAAGCUGGGAAAGAACGCUGCCUUCUCCGUAGCGCAGGAUAACGAGUUUGUUCCAAAGUCCAACCAGCACACUACGGAGGAGGAACGCAUAUUCCUAGCCUCUUUGAUCAACAAUGUGAGCUUUACGUCUCAGAGGAUUCUGACGUACGACGCUCCGGAGAAGACUUCAAACGAAUCCCGGUGUUCGGCUCGACCCAGAGACCCGCACGGCGCAGAGCUCGUAGGGGAACAUCAGGCUUCGCCGUACAAGGAACUGGACGACUUUGUGCUGAAGCUGGUGAAGAGGGACGGCGUUGAAGGAAACAUUAGGCGCUGGACGUACUUCGUGUCGGAGCAGCUGCUGGUCUACGACGUGGGGAAGUUCCGCUGGUGUGCUAACGUAGGUCGCUUCCACAAGAGCAACAACAUCAUGAUCAUCGUAGAUCUGAAAGAAGAGGUGUGGUACCAAAGGUGCCAUGAUCCUGAGUGCAGGAGGCAGAACUACAGAUCCUCUAGUUACGCACUACCACAGGAGGUGUGUAUGAGCUACAUGCUGAAGGAGGACGAGGACGAUCAGCAGUUCCUCAUGGACGAGCUGGGAAACAUCGAGUUGGGUCCGGGCUGCGUCGCUUCAGGAGAGGGCGGGGAAACGGACCGAUCCGCAUCACGCCCCCAGACGGAGAACGCACAGGAGUGUUGGGAUGAUGAUGAUGAUGAUGAUGAUGAUGAUGAUGCUUCGUACCUGGAGGCGUUGGAUGAAGUGGAGAGGGUCAUGAAGGAAAAGGAGGAGAUUCCUGACGAGCUCAUGAUCCAGGCGUUGACCGAGUGCGAGACUACACUCGUCUGAGUUUCUUUCCACACUGUGCGUCUGAAACGGAGAAUAGAAAAAAAAAAGUUAAACGUUAUACAGUGGUAGGAUUUUCUAUAUCUCUGCAUAGAUAUGAUCACACGAGUCCUAAAAGUAGACAAAGAGAACCCAAUUAAACCAACAAGACAAAAAUAAUAUACUCAGUCAUUUAUUUAUUGAGGAAAGUGAUCCAAAAGUACAUAUCUGUGAGUGGCAAAAGUAUGUGACCCUUCGCUUUCAGUAUCUCUGGGAUGUUGGUGGGUUUCAGGUUCUUCCACAACAUUUCUACUGGAUUAAGGUCAGGACUUUGCAUCCAUCCUAACCUUCAUUAUGUUAAUAAUGUGACAGUCAUUAUAAAAUAAAUGUCUAAUUAUAAAAUGAGAAGGGCAUCAUGAAAAACUUGUGGCAAUAAGAAACAACUCGUGAAAGAAGUGUGUCGCAGAAAUAAAUCAUUAUUGAAUAAAUGUGUCAUUAUGAAAGAUGCCUCAUUGUGACAUGAAAAAGGGUCAAAUUGGCUACAUUAUUAUGAAGUAAAGGCAAACUGAAAUAUAUUUUGUGAAAAUCAGUUUGAAAUACACACAGCUGCAGUCAGAAUGAUUCAACCCCCACUGCAAAUCAGCUUUAUUGUCAAAGUGUACAGACUUUCAGCUGGUUGCGUCGAACAAAUCAAGUAGUUCGACACGAAUUCUUCACGUGGUUUCCCCCAAAUUCAACUGAAAAUGCAACCUAUAAUGACGUCUCCAGUCUCAUGUUUUUUGUUUUAUUUGUUUGUGCGCGCGCGCGCGUGUGGGUGGAGGAAAGAAAGAGACUUGUAUCUGCGCGCGCUUCGCAGGUUCGCACUCGCAAGUUCAGUCGGCUAGGAGCGCGAGCCUGAGCUCACGCGCGCACGAUGCACGGAUUUACCGGACUCCUAAGAACACCGUGACCACGUGACUCUCUGAGAGAACGCUGCGGGCAAAGUUCAGAAGUGCCUCCACUGCUCGCGACCUGGCGAGCAUGACGUCAUGACGUCAGAGAAAGGUUCGAAUUGGAACAGCGCCGGGGCUGUGACGUGUGAUGACGCGAAGGGGCUGUUUAUAUGAAGGCGGCUGCAGACUGAACGAGCUUCUUACUACAUGCGCUCUUGUUAGAGAACAACAGAAGAUGGAUACGCUUUAUUACUUUCUGCCAUCAGUGAUUAAAAACUGGGUGACAACUCCAGACACUGAGGAACAGGAAGAAGUUGCAUCUGGAGCGACGGAACAGGAAGAAGUUGCAUCUGGAGCGACGGAACAGGAAGAAGUUGCAUCUGGAGCGACGGAAGAUGGAGAAGUUUCCUCUGGAGCGACGGAAGAGGGAGAAGUUUCCUCUGGAGCAACAGAAGAUGAAGAAGUUUCCUCUGGAGCAACGGAAGAUGAAGAUCAAAUGCAGGAAGCGAACCUAUUUCAGAAACAGAAAAAAAAACAGGAGGCAGCAGAAGUCCUUGGCAGGCACCUCUUCUACCAGAAGGAAUUCAGAUGUCCGGAGAUUAUCCGGCUGAUGAGUGAGGAUCUGGAAUUCGCCGACGCAACAGUGAAAGCGUACGUCUCACACUUUUGGCUUUCAACUUAUGUGGACAAGGAUUUCCGACGGUUCCUCAGUAUGUUUUGGCCAGAAGAUGAACCUGAGCUUCAGCAUCUACUUGUAAAGCACUUUACUCGUCAGUUCCUUACCUGUACUGAAGUGUCACUCGAGUUCCAGCCUGCAUUAGACUACCUGUGCUGGAGCAUGAUCAUACUGAAUGCUGAUCUUAACGGCGGUCACAAAGGGAGGAAAAUGACUCGUGAAGAAUUUAUAGCGAACCUGGAUAGUGCGACUGACUUUCAGAUAGAUCUUCCACUCAUGAGGGAAAUCUAUGAAUUGAUCAAAAUGCAGCCACUAACAGCGUUCACGGUGAGAAGUAGAUGUCAGGCUGAAAAUCCAGAGGAUUCCGGCUCUAACUCAUCAUUUGGGACUGAAAAGAACCCUACCACUACUGUCUACAAAAAAGGAAA